AUGCGCACAGCUAUUCUCUGGAGCCAUUUUCUUGUCCUGCUGGCACAUUUGGGCCCAACAUGUGCCGAUGAUACCCCUCAAGAGCCCGCCCUGGUCGUGAACCGACACGAUGGCCAGCGAGACCGAUUUGGCCUCUGCCCUGACUACACCAAUUACGCCCACCAUAUCCAUAAACCUCUGAGCAAAGGCCCGUUGCAGCUCCCAUUCCAAAGACCACAUCCUCAAUGCAGACUGUUCUCCUCCCCUGCUGUCGAAAAAGUCAUCGAAGACCUCUUUCCCUCCUUCAAAGAUCCUGACCUCGCACAAAUCUUCCGCAAUGCCUUUCCCAAUACCCUCGACACCACUGUCCUAUGGCACGUUGACGGUGUCGAGUCUCAUGCUCAAUCCACACACUCGGUUCCCACCCGAGCUCAAUGGUCCGGUGCGCAAUCGUUCAUUGUCACUGGAGACAUCAAUGCAGAAUGGCUGCGCGAUUCUACCAAUCAGCUAGCUCAAUAUCAACCCCUUGCAAAGUCCGCUCCAGAGAUAUCAAGACUCCUCCUCGGUGCCAUAAAUACUCAGGCUGAAUUCGUCAUAGCAAGUCCUUACUGCAAUGCAUUCCAACCCCCAGACCCUUCUCAUCUGACGCCCGUUCCCACUGGUCAAGAAGAUAUUGUUCACCCUGCUUAUGAACCUUCGGUCGUCUUCGAAUGCAAAUACGAGUUAGACAGUCUUGCCAACUUCCUGUCCCUCUCUAACCAGUACCACAACUCGACGGGCUCUCUCGAGUUCAUCACCCCUCGAUGGUACACCGCCUUGAACGCCGUGCUCCAUGUUUUGAAUGCUCAGUCUCAACCGACUUUCAAUCCGGGGACUGGCUUGUAUCAACGCAAUGAGUACACUUUCUCUCGUUCAACGAGAGCAGGCACAGAGACUCUCAACCUAGAUGGAAUUGGCAACCCUCUGGCUGCAGGCACAGGACUCAUCCGUUCUGCCUUCCGUCCCUCUGACGACGCCACCACCUUUGGCUUCCUUAUCCCAGCAAAUGCAUUCAUGUCGGUCGAGCUGGCACGUACCGCUAAUGUACUCCGUGCAGCCGCAAAAGACUCAAAAACAACCGCUUCCGAUGCUGAAAUGAUCAACCAGGUGGCUGCCGACCUUGACCAACGGUCCGAGGCCAUUAAAGCAGGGAUUUACGAGCAUGCCGUGAUCAAGCAUUCCAAGUAUGGCGAUGUCUUUGCGUAUGAGGUUGAUGGCUACGGCUCUCAUCUUCUCAUGGACGAUGCCAACGUCCCUUCGCUGCUCUCGCUGCCUAUGCUUGGUUUCGUCGACGCAUCCAGCGAAAUAUACCAAAACACCCGUCGUAUGAUCCUCAGUCGAUCGAACCCUUACUAUUUAUCCGGCAAGAAAUUUUCUGGCAUUGGUGGUCCACACAUUGGUCUUAGAAAUGCCUGGCCCAUGAGCGUACUGAUUCAGGCCGUCACUAGCACCGAUGAUGACGAAAUCAUGGACUGCCUGAACCGAGUCAGGGAUGUCAGUGUUCUUGGCCUCAUCAAUGAGAGUGUGGAUGUCAUUCGUGGGGUUAAGCCAGGUGGUGAUGGCAUGACCCGCAGUUGGUUUGCUUGGGCCAACAGUGUUUUUGCCCAGACAAUACUAUCAUUGAUAGAGAAAAAACCAUCAUUAAUCUUGAACACCGACGAAGCGGGAAAAAGGAAAUAUGUCCUUGGACAGGGUUGGACAGGAUGACGGACCCGGGCGGUCUAUCCUUAUUGAAGAAGAUGCAUUCUUCCUAAAAGAUCAAUCAUAUCGCUGAGCCACCAGCAUUAUCCCUACACCUCUCUCAGACGCUCAUCAAUGCCUUGAGUCUGUUCGUUGCUGCUCGAAGACUGACACUUGCGUUUGGCGCCAGCCCUUCAAACCCAUGCGGCACUCCAGGGUAGAGAUGAAACUCCGUCUCAAUAUUCUCCGCAGCCAAGCGUCCAGCAAACGCCAAAUCUUCGUCGCGGAAAUAAUCCAAAGAUCCCACAUCAAUAUACGUUGGCGGCAAGCCCUUCAAACUAGGCGCUCGCGCCGGCGCUGCAUAAUACGAGACAUCCGCACCUGGAUCCCCAGCUUUAUCUUUCCCCAGCAACGCCGACCAACCCGUGAUAUUAUCUUCAACUUGCCAGAAAGCCAGGGGUUCCAUCGCAGUGUUGAGCUUAUUGUUCCGGUCAUCCAACAUCGGAUAGACCAGGAGUUGUUUCGCCAGCGGCGGAGAAAGACCCUCGUCACGAGCCUUGAGGGCCACCCCGGCCGCAAUGCCGCCUCCGGCACUUUCACCCAUGACGAUGAUACGGGCGGGAUCGACGUUGAAUUUCGAGGCAUUCUGAUGAAGCCAGAGUAGACCGGCAUACGAAUCGUCCACCAGGGUGGUGGCCGUGACUGCCGGUGCGAGACGAUAGUCGACACUGAAAAACGGAAUUGAACUCAUCCCCACGUAUCGCGCAAUCGCUUUUCCAACUUCCUGUGGUGAACCUUGGAACAUUCCACCGCCGUGGACGUGCAAUACUGCAGCGGUUGGUGAGGUUGAGGUUGAGGUUGUGGUUGUAUCGCUAUCUUUUUUCUUCCGAAAUACAUGCACGGGGACCUGAUGUCCAUCCUCGGCUGUUGUAUGGUGGAUUUCACUUUCGACAUCAGGUUCUUCAGGGAUUUGAGACAUGAUUAAGCCGACAAAGGCACUAAUAUUAGGAAUGCGUGCCUCUAG